CAGCUUUAUUUUUGGGUUGUUGGUGCAGAGGGCUGCUGACAGAGCAAGACCAGCCAAAAACAGCGUGGGGGCUUUUAGAGAGGAUCAGGGACAUAGGCACAGAACAGAGAGUGGUCGACCCAUGAAGACUUUAACAUGACCAGUACAGUAAUGGACCUGAUCUACUGGAAGGAUAUGGAGCGCACAGGCGUGGUGUUCACUGGCCUGGUGGUGGGGCUGCUGUCUCUCUUUCAGCUCAGCAUCAUCACUGUGGUGUCCACCCUCUCGCUGGCCAUCAUGUGCUUCACCAUCUCAGUGAGAAUCUACUACAAACUACUGCAUGUGCUCCAGCUGGGAGACGGAGUAAACCCCUUUCAGUCAUAUCUAGAUUUGGACAUCAGUUUAAAAGAAGAGACUCAGCACUACAUGCAAAAGGCCAUUUUGUUGGCCUGUCAUGCUGUGGACACACUGAGGAACCUCAUCUUUGUAAGCAACCUGUUCAACUCGCUCAAGUUCUUGUUGUUGAUGUACCUGGUGACGUACCUGGGAAACCUCUGUAAUGGCCUGACCCUGCUCAUCAUAAGUGUGAUUGCGGUCUUCUCUGUACCCCUGGUCUACAGUCGGCAUCAGGAUAAAGUAGACAGCUGCUUUGCAGCGGUACAAGCUCGUAUUGAGAACAUGAAGGACUUCUUUCGUCGGCUGGCUCAGGGUGGUGGCCCACCCCAUGACCCCACACCCGGUGGAGCUAAACCCAAAGCCCAUUGAGACGUCAUAGAAAGAAGAGAGGAGCCACACGCUGUCAAUCAAAAAUGUCUUAAUUAGCCGUUUAAGCUCAGAGUCCCGCCUCCACAGCAGUGAGGGCGGGUCUAAUGAGACCCAUAAUUAAUGGGACCGUGCAAAGAACAAUCCUGAAAGGUUUUGGAAGUCUGAGAAGUUAAAGAGAAGCUGUUUUUUUCAAAGUAUAUUGGCAGUAUGAAAGUCGCUCGCCACAAGGAUCACUGAGAGAUACCUGAAGAUACAUGAAGACUUCAGUGAAGUAACGACAAUGAAAAUACUGAGCUUUUUCGAUUCAGAUUGACUUCAGUUUGCCUGCCAAAAACGUAUUAUCGCAGGACGGUUUCCAAUUUUUCACAUACUGACAGUCUCAUAGAUCUUGUGUUUGUGUGUAUGUAUGCGUGGGCAGCCCAAGCCUGUUACAGUACCUAAGAGCUAUUAAAAAUGACAAUGUUUCUUUUU